UUGCGAAUAUAACCAAAGAAGAAGAAAAUGGAGGAAUCCACAUUCGUCAGAGGGGGCGCCGUUGAACAUCGGGUUGUUGGCUUUUAAAUUAUAUCAUUGAGCUGGAACUAUUUUAACAUAAAUAUGUACCUAAAAAUGUUAAAAAGCAAAUACCGGUCAUAUUUUGAACUCGUGUUACUGUUAAACAAGUCAUUAAACUGACACCAACUACAGAAAGAAACCGGAAGUAAAUAGUUGAUGCCGGAAAUGUUCGCUGCCUUCAUUGUCGACCUUUAAACAACAAUAAUUCAAUUGUUCAACAAUUGCAAUCAUUGAGUCACAACUUGGUUAUUAUGCGUGCGAUAAAUGUUUUUAACAUGUCUUGACGCAACACAUCAAUUUUUUUCUAACUUUUUUUUUUUUACCAAGACCCAUCUGGUCCAGUCACUCGUCGCUUGUUAUGGAAUAAUUGCUGCGUCAUCAUGGCUACAACGUGCACAAUUGUUAUGGAAUAAUUGCUGCAUCAUCAUGGCUACAACAUGUAGAUUUGUUAUGGAAUAAUUGCUGCAACAUCAUGGCUACAACGUGCAGAUUUGUUAUGGAAUAAUUGCUGCAUCAUCAUGGCUACAACGUGCAGAUUUGUGCUACAGAGAACCUUAAGAGCUCAUAGAGUUGCAAGUCAACUUUGGAAUGUCAGACACAUGAGCUGCUCUGACAACGUGCACCUGUCCCAGCCUACUAUCACAGGUAGCAGCUCUCUGUCUUUUCGAAGUCACACCUGUGGACAACUGAGACGCCAGCAUGUGGGAGAGAAGGUCACGCUCUGUGGUUGGGUCCAGUACCUCAGACAAGACCUGUUCGUCAUUCUUCGAGAUUUCAGCGGUUCCACCCAAGUUCUCAUACCUCAGGAGGAAUCUGCCCACCGCCUUAAAGGAGUCCUGUGCAGUCUCACUGCUGAGUCCGUGGUCAAAGUUGCAGGGACCGUUAGGCAACGGCCACCAGGACAGGAGAACAAGGGGAUGCCAACAGGAGACAUCGAAGUCCUCGCCGAGGACGUGGACGUCUAUAACACCUGCCGCAAGUUGCCCUUUGAAUUAAAGGACUUUGUCAAAAAAUCCGAGUCGUUGCGCCUGCGGUUUCGCUACCUGGACCUGCGCUCGUCCAACUUGCAGAAGAACCUGCGACUGAGGUCCCAGCUGGUGAUGAAGAUGAGAGAAUAUCUCUGCUAUAUGCACGGUUUUGUUGACGUAGAAACUCCGACUCUGUUUAAAAGAACACCUGGGGGAGCUAAAGAGUUUGUGGUUCCCUCCAGAGAGCCAGCACGUUUUUACUCGCUCCCUCAGAGUCCUCAGCAGUUCAAACAGCUUUUAAUGGUGGCAGGAAUUGACAGGUACUUCCAGGUCGCGCGGUGCUAUCGUGACGAAGGCUCCAAACCAGACCGCCAGCCUGAGUUCACCCAACUGGACAUAGAAAUGUCUUUUGUGGAGCAGGCGGGAAUCACAUCUCUGGUGGAGGGUUUGCUGCAGUACUCCUGGCCUGCGGAGAAAGGUGGCAUCACGGUUCCCUUCCAAACCAUGACGUACCAAGAAGCCAUGAGGGACUAUGGUGUGGACAAACCCGAUACCAGAUUUGGCAUGAAGCUGAUGGACAUCACAGACCUUUUCCUGUCUGCAGACAUCAGCUUCUUCACAUCAGCCGUCAGCCAACCAGGAAGCUCCAUUUUGGCCAUGUGUGUCCCCAGUGGAGCAAAAGUGUUUACUGCUAAAGAUUUGGAGGGACUGAAACAGGUGUCAAAGACUCAGUUUCACCAGGAGGUGAGUGUGGUGCUGGUCCGAGCUGACGGAACACUGAAGUCUCCUCUGAAGAAGCUGCUGGCGGACUCCAUCACUGAUGCCUUGUUGAAGAAGACCAGAGCCCAAGCUGGAGACCUCCUCCUGAUAGCUGCUGGUCCUACUGACAUUGUGCGACCACUGCUGGGUAGUCUUCGUUUGAAGUGUGCAGAUCUCCUGGAGUCUCACGGCUCUUCAGUCCGUGACCCUUCAAGCUUCCACUUUCUGUGGGUUGUGGAUUUCCCUCUCUUCCUGCCUAAAGAGGAUGAUCCUGAGCAGUUUGAGUCUGCCCAUCAUCCAUUUACUGCUCCAGUGCCAGAGGACACAGCACUACUGUACACACACCCACAGCAAGUCCGUGGUCAGCACUACGACCUGGUGUUGAACGGCUGUGAGAUCGGAGGAGGAUCCAUCCGUAUUCAUAACGCUUCUGAGCAGCUUCACGUCUUGAAGAAUAUUCUCAAGGAGGAUCCCACUCUUCUUUCUCACCUGCUGGAGGCUCUGGACUCAGGAGCACCACCCCAUGGUGGCAUCGCCCUUGGUUUGGACCGGCUGGUGUCCAUCCUGGUAGGUGCCUUCAGCAUACGUGAUGUCAUAGCCUUCCCCAAGUCCUUCCGAGGUCGCGACCUCAUGAGCGGCGCCCCACAUUUAGUGUCAGAGGAGGAGCUGAAGUCAUACCACAUAUCAGUCAACUGGCCCGCAGACAGCCAAGGAGGACAAGAUGACCAAUGUGGAGAUUUGGAAGGAAGAUUUUAAUCCCACCAAGGGAGUUACAAAAACAAUAAUCAUAAAUCCUGGUCUGGUCUUGAUGCAGUUGCUGUGUGAACAACACAAACCAAGUGGUCUUGUUCACCUUUCAUAAAGGAAAGUAGAGCAGAUGAACAGAAGUAAUCAUGAGCUAACUGCUUUUAGGAAAGAGCUGACAACACAAAGAGGAGUGAGGUGACUUUGCUGUGCUCGCUGGCAAAUGUGCGGAGGUCACCGCAGUUUAGAGUAUGUGGCUGUUGAAAUGGUCUUUUUCUGCAAUCACAUCAUUUUUUUUGUUUGAUUUUUGUAGCUGCCUUUGUUUACCUUAUUUCUUGUGGACCUCCAUUGUGGGAUAAAUAAUCAAUCAAUCAAUAAAUGUUUACUUAUAUAGCCCUAAAUCACGAGUGUCUCAAAAGGCUGCACAAGCCACAACGACAUCCUCAGCUCAGAUCCCACAUCAGGGCAAGGAAAAACUCAACCCAAUGGGAUAACAAUGAAUGAAAUCAAGUCUAUCCUAUCCUAGCUACGGCAAUACAAUUGCAGUUGUGUCACAACAUUGAAGGUCUUUUUUUAAAGUUCAUUUCAUUGAUGCACACAAGUAGUUUACUGUGACCAAUCAAAAUGCAGAAGUGUGAUUUUAAAAUAAUGGUUUGACAGCACUGAUAAAUAAGCAGUGUUGGGACUAACGCGUUACAAAGUAACGCGUUACUGUAACGCCGUUAGUUUCGGAGGUAACUAGUAAUCUAACGCGUUAUUUUUUAUAUUCAGUAACUCAAUUACCGUUACUACAUGAUGCGUUACUGCGUUAUUUUACGUUAUUUUUUAAUGUAGUAUCGGCUAGAAACAGAAGAAGUGUCGUCCUUCUGUCUCACAAGGAAAAGAAAAGGCGUGCUUUCCUCGACCGAGGAGCGGAGCGCAGGGGAGACGUUCCUCCAGGGCCUAUGUAUUUCGGGGCUAACAACUUUCACUUUACCCGGCAGUGGGUCUUUACAGCUCCGGACUCGAGGGUGAAUGAUGAGGCCGGCGGUUUGUUGCAACUUUGCGACUUUAUUGGUGUUUUACACGCAGCCAUCCACCAAGCUAGAGCACCUGCACGCACUAACUGUUGCGCUCCCUCACCUCUCUCGCCCACUCACCCACUGACGUCACUCACCUCACAUGCUGUGAUAUCUUAAAGGGCCACACGCACACACACAUACGCUACUCUCAUAACAACUAACAAGACAUCAUGGUGAAGUCAGAAGUCGAGUUUCUUAACAAGUUAACAUGGAGACAUUGUCACUACUUUUCUUUUGUCGAGCACAAAGAAAAUAACAGUUUAGUUAAAUGUAAGUUGUGUCUUGGAUCAAAGAUCCCAUCUACUUAAAGUUAAAGUGCCAAUGAUUGUCACACACACACUAGAUGUGGUGAAAUUAUUCUCUGCAUUUGACCCAUCACCCUUGAUCACCCCCUGGGAGGUGAGGGGAGCAGUGAGCAGAAGCAGUGAGCAGCAGCAGUGAGCAGCAGCAGUGACCGCGCCCGGGAAUACUGCCCAAAACAGCAAUUCCAAUCUGCUGAAACAGCUACAUAAAUGGUAAAUGUGUUAUACUUGUAUAGCUUUUCUACCUUUUUAAGGAACUCAAAGCGCUUUGACACUAUUUCCACAUUCACCCAUUCACACACACAUUCACACACUGAUGGAGGGAGCUGCCAUGCAAGGCGCUAACGACCACCCAUCAGGAGCAAGGGUGAAGUGUCUUGCUAAAGGACACAACGGACGUGACUAGGAUGGUAGAAGGUGGGGAUUGAACCAGUAACCCUCAGAUUGCUGGCACGGCCACUGCUAGCCAGGACAACAUUGAUAGAGCCAUUGCAGCGUAUGUGCUAGAAGACAUGCAGGCUAUUUCUACAGUGGAGUCACACGUUUUCAGGCAGCUAAUUAGCAUGAUACCGGCGUCAAACAACAAAUGGCACGGAAAACAUUUUCCAAGUACCUGGACAGUGAGCACAUAAGCAUGGAAAGCGAGCUAAAGAAAACACUCCAAACUCUGCCUCUGCUCAUCAUUGAAGGUACACACUGUCAAUUCUCUUAUAUACUCUUUCAUUCUAGACUUCUAGAGUGUUUGAUUAUCACAUCACUCUAAAUGUAUAGACUAUAAAGUUCACAAACAUAAAGAGGGAUGCUAGUGGGCCAGGCCAAUCUUUCCUUAUCUCUAAACUAAAACUUGGGAAAUGUGUAGAGUGUUCUGGGCUUCACUACAGUGUUGAUCUCCUGAAUACAUGAUUUUAUUUCACAAUUCCUUGAGAAAAAAAAUGCCUGGUUAGGCUUUGUGUAUGUCAUGUGUGCCUUCCUUGGGUGAAGCCAGCUUUACAGCUAUGUUGUCAUUAUGCUGUUUGUUACUUAUGUAUGUUAUGUUGCAGCUAUUUCAAAUAGUUUUGUCAAUUUGUUUUGGCCUGAAAUAAACUGGCCCUUUGAAACA